CCCUCAAAAAAUGAUUUUAUUUCGGCCGAGUGGACACCUAAACUUUAUAUUAGUAAACAAAGAAUUCAUUUAAUUGCUAGAUACAAUGGAGUCUCUUCAUUAUAUCGAGUUGUCUAAGUGUCCGAUACGGUUCGAUGCUGUUAGCCAAUUGACCAAUGUGUUUUUUGAUGACUCCAAUAGACAAAUUUUUGCCGUCCGUAGUGGUGGAGCAACUGGAGUAAUUGUUAAGGGACCCACUGAGGACACCGUGAUUUCGUUUUGUAUGAAUGACCGCGGCACUAUUCGCUCCAUUAAGUUUUCUCCUGACAACAAAAUACUCGCAGUACAACGUAAAGAAAAUGCCGUUGAAUUCAUUUUCUUUCAGGGAGAACAACCAUUGCUUCAGGAAAUUAUUGUACAUCAAAUUAAAGCUGUUGUUUAUGGUUUUGUAUGGGUUCACACACGCGAAGUCGCCAUAAUUUCAAAUAGUAGCAUCGAAAUAUUCACUGUGUCAGCUGAAAAGAAACAAGUUCGUACCGUGAAGUCCUUGAAUAUAGGUAUCAAAUGGUUUGCAUGGUGUGCUGAAUCUAACAUAGCUCUCAUAUGCUCAACGGAAAACAAUACAUUGGUGCCGGUUUUAAUAAAACAGAAAUCUAUUACUAAGCUGCCUAAGUUGGAAAUGGAUGAUACGAAUCGUGAUGUUCAGGAAAGUAAAGUUACUCUUGGACAGGUAUAUGGUACAAUGGCAGUUUUUCUUCUGCAAGUAAGCUCUGCUGGUAUGAUGGAGGUCGAAGUUUACCUUCUUAAUGGACCAGGGUUAGCGCCACGAAAAUGUCAUGUACUCAGGCUCGGUCAUGUGGGUCGUUUUGCAAUUAAUACUGUAGAUAACUUGAUAGUAGUUCAUCAUCAGGCUUCUGCCACAUCGCUUCUAUUUGAUAUUUCUUUGCCUGGUGAAUUAGUGAACGGUGUUACAUAUCACACACCCAUUACUCCAGGGCGUUCAAUUCGCCCUUUUGCGCUGAAACUGCCAAGUCUAUCGCCAGAUGGACAAACUAUGCAAUGUGAAUUGUAUUCGGUACAUUGGGUGCUAUUCCAACCGAACAUUGUAAUUGAUGCCAUGCUGGGUUGUAUGUGGUAUUUAAACCUUAAUGUGGAACCACUUUGCUCACUCAUACCAGACUGCAUCCGACUCACAGAAUUUUUGCUGCAGCGGGCUAAUGGCAAACAAGUGCUUUUAAAAAUGGUUCGUCAGAUGGUUGAUGACCAGUACAAAGGCACACUACUGCCUGUGUUAGAAACGAUGUUCAAUAAAAUCAAUAAGGUGUAUGCAUCAUGGGUACAGCUAGAGCUCCAAACACAAACUGCUCAACCGUCAAAUGUUAAGACAAUUCCCAAACUGCCACCUGCACCAAAAGUUCUCAUUGAACAACAAGACAUGUUCACACACGCCUUCCAACCUAUUUGUGAACGUGAAAAUACUGAAACAAUAUUGAUUCUUUAUUUAAACUCACUAAACAAACAUAACAUUGCCGCACAAGAAGACCUAAGCAAAAUGAUUAUAAACGAGCUUAUACGAAAUCGUAGCUUUGAUACCCUAAGACAUCUGGUUAGCUACUCUUUAUUGUUGGAAUCAAAAUCAAUUGCUUGCUUUCUGCUUUCGCAUUCCAAUGCUGAUGCAGCUAUUUCACAAAUAGCCCUCGAUAUGUUGAGUAAAAUCGGUGCGCACGAUAUUAUAAUCGAGGUAUUGUUAGGGCAAGGAAAAGUAAUCGAUGCUUUACGUUUAGCGCGGGAUUCGAAAAACAGUGAGACAAUCUCGGCUCGUAAAUUCCUCGAGACUGCUCAAAAGACUAAGGAUGACCUAAUUUUCCAUAGUGUUUUUAAAUUCUUCCAAAUGCGAAAUCUACGUCAACGUGGUACUAUGGACUUUUUAAAGACGGAGCAAUGCGGAGAAUUUGUACAAUACUACAGCAAUCUAUAUCCGAAAGAACUAUCAGCAUAAUAACCAAAAUGUCCACAUUCUGAAACACAGUAUCUAAUUUAAUGUAAAUA